AGGCGGACCUAUUAUUGCCCAGUGCUCCCCCCACUGCCUGUUGCAACCCCCUUCCUAACUUUAAACACACUUCGACAAAAUUGGCACAACAUGCGUUGCACAGAGUGGAGUGAGUUGUGACGCACCGCGUCCUCUCUUCAAUAAACCGCUCCAAUAAAUAAUCUUUCCAAAGUUGAGAACCUUGAGUAGCACGAGUCAAGUCGAAGUGGUCAUUUAGUGACUCAGCCUUGAUGGGAACUUGACCGUCAUAUUUUACAUUAACAUGCUGAUGACCAUAAAGACUGGACAUAUAGCUAAACCGAGAGGCUUAUCAUUCUAAUUGAUUAUGGAAGCACUUGUAAUAGGCGGAAUGUGUCUUGUGGACUGAUGAUUUUGUAUAUAAAGCUUUCAUCAUGGCCAUGGAAUAACUGACGGAAUUAAACUUCAUAAAUUCUUUAUAAAAAAGUUUCAAGAUUGACAAUGUGCCGUUAAAACUUUUGUUUGUUUUAUGUAUUUGACAAACUUCUUCGGGUUUGAGGACCACUGAGCGUUGGCCGGAUCAUAAAGGUGUGUUUUCACAUUUUUUAGCUCGUAUACCUGAGGAUUAUUUUUAAAGGAGCUGUUUUUAGAUAUAACUGAAGACUGUUUACGUCUGGAAUGUUUCAUUGUUAAAAGAUAACUUGAAAUUCACUUUUCUUGAGACGAGCAUGGACAUAGCCCUGGUGAAUAUGACUAGGUAACACUUUAUUGCAUGAAUGUUUCAUUUUACUUGGUCUGUAUUUUGAAAGAACGAGUUAAGAAAUUUUUUCACGAUGGCUUUUGUUAAGAGAUUGACCCGAUGUCAGCGGAUCAAUAGGAUAAUUCUUGGGAUCCUCUGUAUCCUGAUGCUAUGUUCUCAGAAUGCUUUCCUCGAUCUCUUCCUCAUCCACCACACCGAAGGCACGGGUUUUGCUCGUGGUUACAUCUGGGUCGUUGUCGAUGCCCUCGUCGUCAUCUUCUGGCUCGUCGGUCUCGUUCUUCCCCAUCUUGGGCUUGGCCCAAGCUCGCACCUUCCGCAGCAAACACGAGGGAACAUCUUCAGAGAGUUCCUCUACGCUUACAUGUCGUGGAUGGUUUAUGCACCUCUGUUGAUAGCCAAGGUCGUCAGGCUUUACAACACGGUGCAACGUCCGAGCGAGAAGCAUUGGAUCUUCACACCAAACAUGCUUCAAAUAUCCAUCUCACUGACUGGUAUCACCUUCGUGCUUCUUACAUAUUGUCACGACAACGACGUCAACAACUUGAAGUAUAAACUGCGUCUUCCUAUGAUUGGUAAGGUUGUUGGGUUCUCUAUCCUUGAUGGAUGUGAUAUUCUUGGGAUGCUUCACGUCCGAGGGGCGAGUGAUGAUUACCCACCUAUCUUGAGGAAUGUCAUUCUGAUCUUUGGCUGUGCUUGGUUUGUGCUUCCGUUGCUUCCUAUGAUCAGCCUGCGAAUCAUGGCUUCAGGGAAACAACCACCUCCGAAAGAUCCCAAACCCAACAAGAAGCAGCGCAGUGCCGAGGAGAAACCUUCAUCAAGUAAACAACCGGAUGUCAGGGUCAAGAUUCAGAAAUCGGACAUCCAGCGACCAGAAAUAAAGACUGCAAAAUCCGUGGACCAACUGAAUCAUCCACACUUUGAGAGGAAGGUGAUACAACUCAGAAACGACAUGUUCGUAAGUGAAUUGAGCAAAAGCUGUAAGGAUAAAGGCCAACGUUGCAAGAGCUAUGAUAACUUAUGCUCGGAUACGGCGACGGUGACACCUAUUUCUCAGUCGAAGUUGAGCCAGAGCUUGAACUUCAGCUACUGGAAUUACAACCAGAACUGCAAGGUUGAGCCUCUGACUUUGGACAAGCAACAUCGACAGGGUGAAGACAAAAAAGAAAAGAGUAAUAGCUUCGUCCACACCAAGGUCGAAAACCAUGUCAACCACCACAACGAGGACAAGAUCGACCACGUCGUACAUGAAGCAAUGAGGCAUUCGAAAAGCCUCCUCUUCAAUACCAUCCUCUUCAGGAACUCGACCUUGGUGGCGCUGAUGGAUGUUCCCUACCUUGCUAUUCGCUUCCACCUAUGGCUGGUCCAUGGUGUCUCUGCGUCGGUGUUCAUCACCAAGAACAUCCUUAUGAUCCUUGGGCUUGUCCUGGAGUGGUGCCAUGACCCUCCGGCUGUCAUCAAGAAGAGCAAGGCAAAGAAGAAAGCUGUUGAUUUAGGUAUCAUGACAGGAAUUGGAUUUCCUUGAACCACCUUGGAAUUGAUGGAUCACUUGAACUUUUUAAAGUGCCUUUGCUUAAACAUUUCAAAGAAACUGUGCAAUAAUGAUACUCGAUGAAUCAUACAGUGCAAUAAAACAACUUGUUAGAAUUUUAAGAGUAUUUGAUGUUGUUUUCAAACUUCGGUUUAGUUUUUUUCUUCUCAUGAUUCAAUUUGAAAAAUCUUUUAAGAUUCAUGUUAACUCAAGUCACAUUUUGUGAUUGGAAUAGUAAGCAGUAGCCGUUUUACGAUGUGAGUUACAGGAUGAUGUGCUCCCUUUUCAUUUAUAUUCUGUGAUCAUCCGAAGGAUAUUAAUGAGUCUUGACUCUGUUCCAUAGUUUGAAAACAGUCGCGAAAUUCAUGAGAACUAUACAGUACACAUUUGUAUAUAUAUCUGAUAAUUGAGCAUUAUUUUGACACAUUUUUGCUUUCAUCAAUGCAGACCAAGCCGUUAUGAGUGUUAGAACCAUGACAACAUAAUUCCAAACGUUUUUAUAUACUUUGUAACGUGACUUUGUAAAUAUUGCUCAUGGUAUGAUUUCUAUUUUUACCGUUCGGAUGAUGCAAUUAUAUAUUUUCCCCAAAAAUAGUCAUCUGGCCUUGUCAUUAAUGGAAAUGGAAAUGAAAGAGAGCGGUCGUAUUAUUCAAACCCUUUCUCUAAUGAAGUUCUGUUUUCCUUGUUUUACUUUGUGGUGUUAAAUAAUCAUUUGACAUUGUCCCUUAAAUGUCAAGUCCAUCUCAGCAAAAUGUUGAUUUGAAUCAAUAGAGAAAAAUCAGACAAGCAUUAUGCUA